ACCUGAUUGAGGACCAUGGGCCUGCUGGACAUCCUGUCGUCCAUAAAAGACCGAGCCGAAAAGUUUCUGAACGAGAAGAACAUAGUGACGGAUUUUCUGGGGAAGGUGGAGGAGAAGACGGGGAUAAAGAAGAAGAUCCUUGCCGGGGGUGCCGUCUCACUGACAGGACUCUACCUGGUGUAUGGAUAUGGUGCCUCCCUCCUCUGCAACCUGAUUGGUUUUGUCUAUCCAGCUUAUUAUUCAAUCAAAGCCAUUGAAAGUCCGAGCAAAGAAGACGACACAAAAUGGCUGACGUACUGGGUGGUGUACGGCGUCUUCAGCCUGGGCGAGUUCUUCUCCGAUAUCUUCCUCUACUGGUUCCCGUUCUACUAUGCUUUUAAGUGUCUCUUCCUGUUGUGGUGCAUGGCUCCGAUGUCCUGGAACGGCUCCCAGAUAAUCUACGACAAAGUGGUACGGCCCAUCUUCCUCCGCCACGAGGCCAUGGUGGACAACAUGGUGAGCAACCUUGGCGGGAGGGCCAUGAGUGCCGCCGAGAACCUUACCAGAGAAGUCCUGACCACCCUGAUAAAGAACAAAGCCCUGGUGACUCCGGGACAGCCGGUCGCUCAGCCUGAACCCAAAAGUUUACCGAGUUCAUCAGCAGCUAAAGUAGCUCCAUCAGAGCCGAGCGAAGAACGACCACAGCAGCAGGAGCUGACAGGAUCCUCCAAGAAGCUACGGAGACCUGGAAGCUUCGAACACCCCUCCCUCCCGGCCUGCUGCUAGACUAGAAGCAUCAGCGCUGAGAGAAAUCAGUUUCCCUGACUGACAUUUUUACAAAUCUGCUGAUUGGUUUUUAAAAUAUCAGCUGCAACAACUAUCGACUCCAACUCCAAGCCACAGGAGAUAAGCUGGAAAAUAAAUAUUAGUCUUGUAUAAAGAGCAAGGAAAUAUAAUAGUGAUCCUUUUGGGAGCUUGAUUUGAUGAAAACAUCAGCAAGAAGAGUUUGAGUUAAGCAUUCAUCAAGUCACGUGCAGGGUUCGCCGUUACAUCACUGAUCCUGGAUGCUCCCUGAUAAAGUCCGGGGCAGGAGUACGGAGCGCAGGAGGUGACUGGACGACGCGUUUUAUAAGUCGCACAUGCACUUUAGUACAGCUCAUGUGUUCUUUAGUAAUGGUGUGUUCACAUUCAACGCAUAGAAUUUUCACCACUUGACUACUUGUGUUUAUUCUUAACACUCCCGAUAAUUAUGUCAUUUGGGUUUCGCAGCGUGACUUCACGUCUGUUCACGUGUUUGCAUUGACUUUGCAAGCGUGCAAAAAGCUCCCUUUACGUUCUCUGUUAACACACAGUAAGACUCACAAGCCGCUGGCGAUGCUCUCCCUCUGCCCAACGGCGUUUCAGUGCUCAGUCAGCGCCGUUAAAGCAUGUGUGCAACUUACUUAAAGGAGCAGUGUGCAGGAUUCAGUGGCAUCUAGCGGUGAAGCUGCAGAUUUCAUCCAACGGAUGACCCCUACCCUCGCCCUCCCCUUCCAAGCAUGCAGGAGAACCUCCGGUCAAGUCGUGGUUCAGCUUCUUUCCUGUUG